UGUCUAGCAAACAACAUUAUUGUGUGCUGUCUGCCCUCUUAUACCCCCCACAAGCUCCAGCCAUGCGACGUCGGGCCCUUCGCUCCUUUAAAGACGGCAUAUCGUGACCAGGUAGAGAGACUGAACCGUGGAGGUGUGGACAUGGUUAGCAAAGAGCACUUCACCUACCUGUACAGCCCAGCACAAGACAGGGACAUGAACAAGAGAAAUGUCCAAGCUGGAUAG